GCACGUUGUCUUUAGAAAAUAUACUUUACAUAUAUCAUUUUAGUAUUUUACAGAAUUUAAUUAAAUAAAUAAAUAAAUAUAUCAUUUCAGUGACAUAUAAUAAAUUUAUAUAUGAUAUGAUUUGUUAUAAGUGUUUGCCCCCGGUAAAAUUUGAUCCCGGAUCCGUCACUGAACAUAUAUAAGCUUGUUUACAUCUAUAAAUUUAUUAUAUAUGUACUACCUCAUAUUUUUGUCAACAAGGACAAUCUAAGUUAAAUGUUUAUUUGCUAUCUUUUUACUAAUAAAUAUAUCAAAAUAUCAGUUAUCAUCAAUUAUUUUCUUCUAAUUAUUUAAAUUACCUUUAUGUAAAAUAAAUAUUAAUUUUGUGGCCACAACACUGUUUGAACUAAUUUUUUUUUGUUAUUAGUUAAGGAUAAAAAAGUAACAUUUUCAUUCUUUUAAAAAGCAAUGGAAAAAAUACCCAUGCAUAGCAUGGAUGGAAUAUACUAUAGUCUUCCUAUAUUACAGGAGAGUAUCACUGGGACUUACGCAACAACAGACUCGGAAUAUGAGGGGCAUAUUCUUUCAUAUUUAUCUCCCUCCCUAGAGUUAAAACUCUAGAUCUCUGUUUUAGUGUUCUCCAACAAACCCUAGAACGGUGAUGUCUUUGUUUUGUGGAGUUUCAGUGGCCACUCUUCCUUUCGGUGCGGCUAGAUCUCCGCCGGCGAGUCUCCAAACUGGUGCCCAUAGAGUGACUUUUGGUCGUAGCCAUCGGUUCAGCCGCCUGAUUUCAUUCUCGGCGUUAAGUGCUAUCACCCCCACCUCGAAUCUGCUUAGCCUCCUCGAAUCUGAGAUCGAAAGCUCUGUUGUUAACGAAGACGCUCCCGACAAUGAAGAGUUGCCGGAAUGGUUUACUUUCCAAAUUAUUGAUCUUCCAUCUGAACGAGUUGUGCGACUGAUUAGGAAGUUUGAUGAUGAAACCAUUAUUGUCUAUAUUGACCCUUCUGCGCAUCUGUUUGAUGAACAACCAAAGCUUCCUCAAGAUGAUGAAGAACUACUAGCUGGGAUUCCCAUGGUUGUCGAUGUGUCGAAAGAUGAUGAUGGUCUCUGUCUCGAGUUUGGAGUCAACGCUUUCGCCGCUGAGAUUGUCAUUGACAGUUUAGUUGUCCAACAACCCCAUGAACCUAAGUAUCCUUACCAAGGACCUGACUUUGAUGACUUGGAUGAGAAUUUGCAGAGGGCUUUCCACAAGUUUUUGGAGAUCAGAGGGAUCAAUCUCACCCUCACUAACUUUUUGGCAGAUUAUAUGGUCAACAAAGACAAGAGAUCGCAUCUUCAAUGGCUCAAGGAUGUCAAGUCUUUUGUUUUGACAUCUGAAAACUCUCAAUAAGAGUGAAACUUCUAGGUGAGUUUUAUGAACUUGUUAUCACCAUUAUCAAUAAUUGUAAGGAGUUGCUACAUUUGAUUUAAUUUGGUAGUUAUUAUUCAGAACU